AUGAAAUUGACAACUGUUCUGUUCAACCACUUCAUUCCAUUUAAACGUGUGCCGGGAUCGUUAUGGGGCGGUAAACAGCGAAAAAUCCCUCGCUUAACCGGUUCCCGAAAGGCCGCGUUUAUGGAUGAACUGCUUCUAACUCAGCAAAACGAACGUUAUCUCUCGAACCCCUAUAUUAGUCCGGAAGCCGAAGCCACUACACUGGCCGCUGAGCAGGUGCGCAAGAGCAUUUAA